UAAUUAAUGUUCUCUUUUUUUAAUAUGCAUGCGUUCAUUUUUUUCGCCGUCAAAAUGGGUUCAGGCCAGCGUUGGGCGCACGCGCCGACCCAAAUGCCGAAGCGGGCAUCCGUGUCCGUCUGGCUGACGCAAACGGAUAAAAAGUGGACGAAAUCGCCUUCCGUUUGGAUCGGCCCGUUGGAGUUGCUCUAAGCGCUUGCGUUUGUACCGUGUUAAAAAAUUAAGAAAAGAAAUUAAACCCGAGGAACAUCGGCCAUCUGGACGAAACCAAGCAUCGGCCUAUAUAAACUCCACGCCGCGCUCCCCUGGAAAAGCAGAGCAUUCUCACGCCAACUCCGUCCGUCCGCGCCAUCAUCAACCCACCAAAAGCAGAACACCCCUCAGGCAGCGGAAAGGGAGCGAUGGCCAAAUGCGGCAAGAUCCAGGGCAUCGUCCGCCUCCAGCAGACGCUGAGGCGUUGGCGGUCCCGGGCCGCGGCGGCGCCGACGGCUCCGGUGCCGUCGGGGCACGUGGCGGUGUGCGUGGGUGGCGAGUCGCGGCGGUUCUUGGUGCGCGCGGCGCACCUCAACCACCCCGUGUUCCGGGAGCUGCUCCGGCAGUCGGAGGAGGAGUACGGCUUCCCGUCCACCCCCGGCCCCGUCGCGCUCCCCUGCUGCGACGAGGACCGCUUCCUGGACGUCCUCCGCCGCGUGUCCUCCGAGGACCGCCGCGGCCGCUCGGUCUGCUGCCGCGUGCCGGUCGUCACCAGCCGCGACGUCGCGGCGCGACCGCUGCUGCAGGGGAUGGCGGUGGACAAGCUCGUGUGGUGACCACUCGAGAACAUCUCGCGUGCCUGGCGCGGCCGAGAAGACCGACUGGUCGAUCCCGCGUACACAACAAGCAAUGACACAAUCGGCGCCCCACACCAGUGAACGGGCGAGGGCGCCGCGCGUGUGCAAGUGAGGUUGCGUGGCGUCUGCGCCACCGCCUUGCGGGCGGCCCUGGCAACGGAGCGAGCAGCUGCCGCCGCGGAUUCGGCGCCGAAGGGAAGCGUGCGUGCGCGCCGCGCGGCGGAAGAUGUCGCAGGCAAUGGCUGCAUGGUCCUUCCGCCAUGCACCGCCCAAGACCCCAAGUGCUAUCGUGGAACCCGUGGGACCCAUGUCUAUUUGCUUUUUGAACAAAACGACCCCGGAUCAUUAGCACUGCGAGUAAUGGCAGUGCGUUGAUGUGGCCUGGUCGCUAUGGAAGCAAAGAAACGCGAGGGUAUUCAACCGGAUAAAUCAACAAAAAUCGGUCGAUGAGCGACACAAACACAUCAUGGACGAGAUCAAAGAAUGGAAGGAGGCCGGAUUAGGUGCUGGAUGUUUAGGUAGUUUUCUGAGAGAGUAGGCUUUGCUUCAUAGGUGUGUAGGCGGUUUUUUCUUCUUUUGUGUGAUGUUCGCAUCACUCGCAACUUCUUAUAAAUAUUUCUGCCUUCUAUAAAAAUAUGAUACGCCAUUGGCGUAUUUUUGAAAAAAAAUGGCAGUGCGAAUAUAUUUCAGACUUCAUCACUCUUCUACUAAUUGAUCGAAGAAGGCGACAAUUUUUUGGGACUCUUUUCUCUGAAAGUAGUUUACUCUUCUGUGCAACUCCUUGCCGAGCCAUAACAGUAAAUUAAUAAAGAUUGAUUGACUCGUCGUUUGUGAUUCA